AUCAAAGGUCACAAAAUCGAAACUAGAAAAAUGUAACAUGAACCUUUCCUUACACACGAAAGGUCGACAUGGUUAUUCUAUCGAAUUUUCGCCGUUUUUUGCAUCAAAAUUAGCGUGCGCUACCUCACAGUAUUAUGGAAUAGCAGGAUCAGGGACACUAUAUAUUCUUGAGGCUGGACCUGGUGGAUUGGUUCCUCAAACCGUAUUUGAAUGGAACGAUGGUCUAUUUGAUGUUACAUGGGCAGAAAACAAUGAAAAUGUUUUAGUAACUGGAGCAGGUGAUGGUAGUGUUGUUGUGUGGGACAUACAUCAGAGAAGGGGUCCCAUCAAGGCAUUCAAAGAACAUGUAAAGGAGGUGAAUUCAGUUCACUGGAGCCAGGCCAGACAGGAGCAUUAUUUCCUCAGUGGAUCAUGGGACAAAAGUAUUAAAUUGUGGGAUAUGUCCCGGGGGAACUCUCUCACCACAUUAAGUGGACAUGAAGCCAUUGUAUACAGCGUCCGGUGGUCUCCCAGUAUCCCAGGAUGCUUUGCAUCUGCUUCAGGGGACCACACAGUCAGAGUUUGGGAUAUAAGGAGACCAGAAAUGUCCCAGACUGUGAUACCUGCCCACAACUCAGAAAUUCUCACCUGUGAUUGGUCAAAAUAUGACCAGAACCUGUUGUUUACUGGGGGAGUGGAUGGAGCUGUCAGGGGUUGGGACAUAAGGAACCUCCAGUCCCCUAUCUGUGACAUGAGGGGUCACACUCUGGCUGUCAGGAGAAUCAAGACUUCAGCCUUUCAACGGAAUAUCCUAGCUUCUGUAUCGUAUGAUUUCACAACAAGGUUAUGGGACUUCACAAUAAAUAUGGCAGUGGAAACAUUGGAGCACCACACAGAGUUUGUGUACGGACUGGAUUUUAAUCUCUUCAAGCCUGGAGAAAUGGCCGACUGCUCUUGGGAUGGGAUAUUAAGAGUGUUUACACCUAAAACUCUGUCCAAUCCAGGAAUGUCCUUACAACACUAAAAUUUGCCCUUGUGUUGCUAGAUUGUUCCUCAAUCAUGGAGAAACCUUCUAAGCAGUUUAAGUGUGCUUGUACAUUUAUAAAAUCAUCAGUGCUCUUAUUUUUAGCUACAGUGUUGUAAGGGAAAGCUUGCAUUAGCCAGAACAUACCUAUAAUUUUACUGUUAUACAUUCUAGUAUAAAGCUAUUUUCAUUUCCAGUAUUUACAUGUAACAGGUAUUUGGGAUGUUAUUUGUAGAUGAAAAAUGGUUCCAUUCAUUUUAUCCUAUUAACAGAAUAUGUGCUAUUACAUGCAUAAUUUAAUUUUUAAAUUAUACCUAAUUUUUAUUUUACCAAACUGAAAAACUAUAUUUUCAGUGGUACAAUAAUCUACAAUUUGCUACUGGUAAGUUGUAAUUAAUUACUAUUUGAAAGGAUCAAGGCUAAUGUAUUGGAUUGUUGUGUGAUCAAUUUGUUGUCAAGGGGUAAAAUAUAUUCUGUCUAUGAAAUAUGUGUUGUACAUAUGAAUAUGGUGAUUUUUUUUUAAUAAACAUGUAUAUGGCUAAUGCACACAGUGUAUAUAUAAUCCAAAAUUUUAGUACUGUAAUGAUGAUUGUGUCCAACUAAUUGUGAGUGUUUAAAAUUAGCAAAAUAUGUCUUUCAUGUGUAUAUAAUAACAUUUUUAUAUAAUUAUUUGUAUACUGUAGAAGUACUCUCUUCCACGUGGUAUUAAUUUACGCUAUGUACGUGGUCACAAACUUUCCACAGAAAUUUGUCCCAUUGGACUCAAUAUACAUGUAAGGUAUAUAGUGAGAAUCUAGGAAAUCCUCUUAAUUUUCUACCCGCGGAUUAAAAGGAAACAGAGAUUCCGGGGAAUUAUGACCUCAUGGAAAAAAGUAUGUCUACAGUAUAUAAAAUCAUACAUAAUUAUAUAUAUAUAAAUCAUGAAUUAUUUUCCCCUUGGAAUUAUUUACAAAUGUUACAUUUUUUGUCAAAUCAAUGAAUUCUACUGAUAAAAGUAAUACAAUCAGAAUACACUUUC